UAUUAGUUCUAAACCCGAAUUGAAUUAGAAGACCAUAACUCCGCGCCUAAUUUAUAUUAAACUAUAAUCAUGUAUAGUUUUGGAUUUACCCUAAAAAGAUUCUAUAACUAGUUAACUUUCCGCCCUAAUAUAGAGCUAAGAAACUCCCCAAACAACCCCAUAACCCCGACCCUCUUCCCCCCAUCCUCUCGCCUUGCCGCCGUGUUUCCAACGGCACCGCCAUUGGACUUGGCCGUAGAUCCUAUUGGUGCUCAAGUGGUACCGGCAAUGGAUGCAGUGGUGAAGGUGUUUUGCAUUCACACCGAGCCCAACUUCUCGAUGCCUUGGCAGAGAAAAAGACAGUAUAGUUCCAGCAGUAGUGGGUUCGUGAUCAGCGGAAGAAGGGUUUUAACAAAUGCGCAUUCAGUCGAACAUUACACUCAAGUUAAAGUUAAGAAACGUGGGUCUGAUACUAAGUACUUGGCUACUGUCCUUUCUAUUGGAACCGAAUGUGAUAUUGCAAUGCUUACAGUUAACAAUGAUGAGUUCUGGGAAGGAGUGUCACCAGUGGAAUUUGGAGAAUUACCUGCUCUUCAAGAUGCUGUAACUGUUGCUGGUUACCCCAUUGGGGGAGAUACAAUUUCUGUAACAAGCAGAGUUGUAUCACGUAUAGAAAUCCUGUCUUAUAUUCACGGGUCAACAAAGCUCCUUGGCUUGAAGAUAGAUGCUGCUAUAAACUUUGGAAACACUGGUGGGCCUGCCUUCAAUGAUAAAGGCCAUUGUGUGGGAAUCACAUUUCAGUCUCUCAGACAAGACGAAGCAGAAAAUAUAGGGUAUGUGAUACCAACACCAGUCAUCCAGCAUUUUAUCCAAGACUAUGAGAAGAAUGGAGCCUAUACUGGAUUCCCUAUUUUGGGGAUUGAGUGGCAAAAAAUGGAAAACCCUGAUUUGCGUAAAGCAAUGGGCAUGAAACCUGAACAGAAAGGUGUUCGAAUCAGAAGAGUUGAUGCCACAGCUCCAGAAUCAGGGGUUUUGAAGUCAUCAGAUAUUGUGCUCAGCUUUGAUGGGGUUGAUAUUGCCAAUGAUGGAACGAUUCCUUAUAGGCAUGGAGAACGCAUAGGUUAGUUAGUGUCACAAAAAUAUAUUGGGGAUAGUUCAGCUAUUGAAGUUCUACGUAAUUCUGAGAUUCUAAACUUCAACAUCAAAUUUACAUCACACAGAAGGCUUAUUCCGGCACACAAUGGGGGCAAACCACCUUCAUAUUAUAUUAUUGCAGGAUUUGUAUUUACAAUUGUAUCUGUUCCUUAUUUACGUUCUGAGUAUGGGGACAAUUAUGAAUAUGAAGCUCCAAUGAAUCUAUUGGACAAACUCUUUCAUGCAACGCCACAGUCACCCGAUGAACAGCUUGUUGUGGUGUCUCAGGUUCUUGUAUCUGAUAUCAAUAUUAGAUAUGAGGACAUUGUUAACGCUCAGGUCUUUGCUCUUAAUGGUAAGCCGGUGACGAAUAUAAGGAGAUUGGCUGAGAUGGUAGAGAACUGCGAUGAUGAGUUUCUGAAAUUGGACUUGGAAUAUGAACAGACAGUAGUGCUUCGAACAAAGACAGCAAAAGCAACUACUCCGGACAUUCUUGCAACCCACUGUAUACCAUCAGCAAUGUCAGCUGAUCUCAAAGCAUUGAGACCAUGGACUUAAUUAAUUGAUUUUUUGUACCUUUUAUAUAUAGCUUUUCCUGUUUCUUUUUUUUUUUUUGUGCAUGAUUAUAUUUUGUAGAAUGGAGCUUCUUUAGCCUAGCGUUAUAUAGAAACAAUGACAUCUCUUUUUUAGAGGGAUUAAUACAGUUGACUCACACAUUACGAACAAGGUUGCCCAUGUAAUUCGUAUCAAUGACUUAGGUUCAAUAUUUUGGUUGUGAUAUUAUCAAAUUUUAACAUUAUAAA